ACUUCGCUCGCUCGCUCUCUCUAUCUUCUGCUCCUUCCUUUCAAUUUUCCCUCAUUUUCCUUCGCAUUCUCUUUCCUUUUUUUUUUUUCUUUUCUUUUUUCUCUCCAACCAAACACAAACACACACACACACACACACUCUUUUUUUUUUUUUUUUUUCUAGAAAUGAAAUUCGGGAAGAGUUUGAGCAAUCAGAUCGAGGAGACGCUACCUGAAUGGCGAGACAAGUUCUUGUCCUAUAAGGAGCUCAAGAAGAAGCUGAAGCUUAUUGAGCCUAAGAGUGGCGGCGAGAGGCCUAGCAAGCGCGCCAGGCUCGACUCCGGCGACGCUGCGGAAAUCGGCGCCGGAGACGGCAUGUCCAAGGAGGAGAUCGAUUUCGAAACCUUGCUCGAGGACGAGCUCGAGAAAUUCAACUCCUUCUUCGUCGAGAAAGAGGAGGAAUACAUUAUCAGAUUGAAGGAGUUACAAGAUAGGGUGGCAAAAGCAAAGGAUUUUAAUGAAGAGAUGAUAAAAAUUCGGAAGGAGAUUGUGGACUUCCACGGAGAGAUGGUUUUGUUGGAGAAUUAUAGCGCCCUUAACUAUACAGGUUUGGUCAAAAUACUCAAGAAGUAUGACAAAAGAACUGGUGCCCUCAUUCGCUUGCCCUUCAUUCAAAAGGUCUUGCAACAGCCCUUCUUCACCACUGACAUGCUCUACAAGCUUGUGAAGGAGUGUGAGGCAAUGCUGGACGGACUUUUCCCCAAGUGUGAACCACCAGCUUCAACAGUGGUAGCUGAUGGGGAUGAUGAUCCUUCAACUUCUGACGCUACCAAUAACAACAGUCUGCUCAGAGUGCCAAAGGAACUUGCAGAGAUUGAGUAUAUGGAGAGCUUAUAUAUGAAGAGCACUAUAUCAGCACUACGGGUUUUGAAGGAAAUUCGGAGCGGAAGCUCAACUGUUGGCCCUUUGUCAUUGCCACCACUGCAAUUUAGUGCAAUUGAGGAAACAUGGAAUAAAGUUCCAGUUCUGGAACAAGUUGCCAAGUAGUUGUAUUUUGAGGAAGGAAUUGUGAUGAGUGUUUCCCAUUGUUUCUUAUAUUUUCCUUUUUAUUCUUCUUCUUUUUUUUUUUUUUUUUUUUUUAAUGCAUCUAUUAUGAUGCCUUAGAUACUAACACGGAUGUAAAAUGCUAAACUCGACCUGAAAUGAAUUCAAUCGAAUCAUAAGUUCUGUAUAA